GCGCGGCCCCCGCGGCGCCUCAGUAUCCAGGAAGAGCAGGGUGCGCCGGGAACCGCUGGAGGAACUACAACUCCCAAAAGGCUUUGCGGAGAAAGGGUGCUCAUCACUGGCCAAUGAGGGAGAAGGGGCGGGCGCGCGCCGGGACGCCAGCCCGAAGUCGAGGCAACGCGCUCCGAGCCAAUGGGAGGGGACGAGGGCGGGGCUUAGGAGGGCGCGCUCUGGUAUGAUUGGCUGAAUGCGUGUGGGUGGGGCUAAAGUGGGGCGCGCUCACAGCUCAUUGGCUGGAAGCGCGAGGGCGGGGCUCCGAGGAGCGCAAGCGGCGGUGGCGGUCAUGGAGGGAACCAGCGCCUCCUUCCGGAAGGAACUGGUGAGCAAGCUGCUGCACCUGCACUUCAAGGACGACAAGACCAAAGUCAGCGGGGACGCGCUGCUGCUCGUAGCGGAGCUGCUCAAGGUCUUCGUCGUGGAGGCGACCGUCCGCAGCAUCAGGCAGGCCCAGGCGGAGGACCUGCCCUGUGUGGAUGUGGAACAGCUGGAGAAGGUGCUGCCGCAGCUGGGGCUCCCGCCCGCACUGAGGCCACCUGUCCGGCUCCAACCAGCCCAGCGCCCAUGUCUUCUGUGGCCUCUGGCUUCAGACAGGAAGGGCCCAGCACUGGGCGGGGCCCAGGCCAUGCACUGUUGUCCCCCAGGUGCUCCGUCUGCCCUGCCGACGGCCUGGACGCAGCUGAGGGGCCGCUGUGGGGACCAGGCUGUGGCGGCAGAAGCGGGGCGUGCAGUCCUGCAUGACAUCAGAGCCGGUGCACUGCUCCCAGACGCCUCCCUGAGCCGUAAACUUGUUCUCACAGCAGCAGCAAUAAAUCAAGGCUGUUCUCCCAGGCAAAGCCUCCCGCUGCCAUUCAUCACCCAAGUCAAGCAGCCGCAAAGCCGACCCUCCAUCCUGGCAGGACGCACACUCCUGGCCAGCGACGGGCUCGCCCCUGCCACUCCUUCCCCUGCAGACACUCCUGCCUCCGGGCUGCCCCGACAGGGAAUGUGGGUGUGGGCAGGGCCUGCUGGUGGAGAUGCUGGGGGGUGGGGGGAGGGACCUGAAGACCAGCUGCCUGGGCAGUGCCAGGGACCAGCAGGUCAGCCUCAGGCCAUGCCUACCCCAGAGACUGCUGUGUGCAAUCGCUAGAAGCAGGGCUGAGAGGUCUGGCUGCUUGGGAUGCUCAUGGGCCUUUAGGGCCCAGCUCCAAGGCAUGGGGCCCAGACACCCUCAACCUCAUCCCCCACCAGCCUGAAUUCUGAGCUGAGCGCUGCUUCAACAGUGCCCAGGGCAGCAAACACCUGAAGGGCUGUAGGUCGAGUGACUAUGGGCUGGGGCAGAGCCACCCACCUCCACCAGGACCUUCGAGGCAGCCCGGCUCCGACCUGCCUGCUCCUGCCC